UGGAGGCCUGCGUCCACUGGCCCUGGCAACCCACGGACCGGACCCUGACCCCGCCACCAGCACUCAAGCCCCACCUGCCGACGACCUGUUCCCGGCCAUGUUUCCCCAGGACUCCUUCCAGAACGUGUGGCAGAGCGGCAUCUGGGAGUUACGCUACCACAACCCCUUGCUCAGAGGGCUACCCAGGGGGCUGUCUGACAGGGCUCCCACCGCGGGGCUACAGAGCCCCAGCCCCAGCCCUAGCCCCAGUUCCAGCCCCGCCCCACCCUGGCUCCUGGGGAUCUCCGGAUGGGAGGGGUUUGGGGUUUCCCCGCCUAACCCCAGCCCCGCUUUACCGCCACACAUCAUGUGGUCUGAGGAUCUCUUCAUGCCUUCGCUUUUCCCGCACAGCCCCACGCCUGCCCACGCCCUGGCCUCUCCUACCACCACUAGCCCACCGCCCACCAACCACCCACGACUCACCGACCCACUACCUCCGGCGGCGGCAGCGGCGGCAGCUUCACGCCCAGCGGCAGAACAAGAGAUGCUUUCCUCCAGCGACGACGGGGACGCCGGGACUGCUGGCGGCGGAGAAAAAAAGCCAGCGGCGGCGGCGGCGGAGACUGCGGCGAUGUUGAGGGAGACAGGCGGUGGAGAUGUCGCGAGUUCUGAGGAGGAGCGCGGCGGAUUGAACCCGUCGGCUGCCGUGGCCGUCUCGCUCUCCGCGGCGGUCGUUAUCUGCUGCGUGGUCGUCGGCGUCGUGGUCGGCGUGAUGGUGAGGAGGCGUCAGUUUGCCGCGCGCGAGAGUGGCGGCGACAACAAUAAGUGCAGCUUCAUGGGAGUUGGGGAGGGCGGCCUGGAUUCGAACCGCGACCUUAAACUGGAUGGGCGACUCAACGACUACACUUGUUGGUCGCACAUCACCUCUCUCAACGUAGGCGGAGGCGACGGCAGUCACGCGGGCGGAAAUUCUCCGCGCGUCAGUAACACGCUGGCGGUUCACAACCCCAACAAGUAUUCUCACUUUAUGGUGGCAGACAACAAGAACUGA